CAUCAGCCCACCCACCCACACCAUGUCGAGUCAGGCCAGUUGGAAUUCGGUGACGGGCAUUGCGACCCUGUUGCUGGAUGGCAACUGGAUUGCCAUUGCUGUUGCGAUUGUGGUUGCCUUCGGUGUUCCAAUUCUCCUGCAUCUUGUCUUCUAUCAAACAGCAGCAUCGCCGCCGUCGAGUAACUUCCUCCUGUUGGGCCCCAGUGGAGCUGGCAAGACGGCUUUCACAACUCUCCUUGAGUCCAAGUCUUCACUGGCUUCCAAAAAGUCGCCUAGCACCCAUACCUCCCAGACCUCAACCCUCAUCACCGUUACUCUGCCCCCCAGCGUCCCUACGGCGUCCAAUCGCUACCGAUCCGUCAAUGAUCCCUCUCUGACAGAAGCCUCGAAAAACCCGGUCAAGUACCGUCUGCGGGAUACCCCAGGUCAUGGCAAACUACGCGCUUCACAGGGCAUCGCUGAGCUCCAGACUAUGGCUGCAUCCACCGACACUAAGACCAAACUUCGUGGCGUGAUCUUCAUGGUCGACACCGCUGCUCUGGUGGAUGAGACCAUCCUCCGGGAUACCGCUACCUACCUGCACGAUGUUCUUCUCAUUCUACAGAAGCGGGCGCUAGGCAAGGGCAAAUCGUCUACGAAACGUUCGGCCGAGAUCCCCGUUCUGGUCGCCGCGAACAAACAAGACCUAUUCACGGCUCUUCCCCCCGGGUCAGUACGGGAGAAACUGGAAGCGGAGAUUGACCGCAUCCGCAAGUCUAAGACCAGGGGUCUCAUGGACGCUAGCAUGGACAGUGCUGCGCUCGAUACUGAGGAUGACGAUAUUCUCGGCGACGAUGAUGCUCAGGGUAUCUUCAGCUUCAAGCUUUUGGAGCAAGUCGGAAUUAAGGUCGACGUGACCGGUGGUGCCGUCAAGGGCGACCAGCAGGAGGAGUAUGGCUCUGGUGUGCGUCGUUGGGAAGAGUGGGUUGGCAUGUGCUUGUGAGAAACAUAAAUUUCCAAGCUCUCGAUCCCCCGACGACUUUCCUUGCUAUGAUAUGUUCUGAAUAUUUCUACCGCUUUUGUUGAUAUGUUUGGGAUCUGGCCUUAGCCUUGGAUUGAACAUCUACUUCUUGUACCUAUACUGGACUGCUGUUUGUGAUGACUAGCGGCAUCGCAAGCUCGC